CUGCACAGUAGGGUGUUGUCUGUCUCCAAGGGAUUAAAAUAUCACACACCACACUCAAAUCUACAAUUUGAUUAAUGGCCUUAUGCCAAAACACAUGGGACGAGGACUCUAGAAAAUAUCUAAUAUUAAUAUGACAGAAGAUGGGGGACUGGAAUUUAUUAGGGAGUAUUUUAGAAGAGGUCCACAUUCAUUCCACCAUAGUUGGGAAGAUAUGGCUCACAAUCCUCUUCAUUUUCCGGAUGCUUGUGCUCGGCGUCGCAGCUGAGGAUGUCUGGGAUGAUGAACAGAGUGAGUUUGUUUGUAACACAGAGCAACCUGGCUGCAAGACUGUCUGUUACGACCAAGCUUUUCCCAUCUCUCUCAUCCGCUACUGGGUCCUGCAAAUUAUCUUUGUAUCCUCACCCUCUCUGGUCUACAUGGGUCAUGCCUUGUAUCGUUUGAGGACCCUUGAGAAGGAGAGACACAGGAAGAAAGCGUGUCUGAAAGCUGAGCUGGAAGGUACAGAUCCUGUCCUGGAGGACCAUAAAAGAAUCGAGAAAGAGCUCAGGAAAUUAGAUGAACAGAAGAAAGUAAGGAAAGCUCCUCUCAGGGGCUCUUUGCUGCGUACAUAUGUUUUCCAUAUUUUGACCAGAUCUAUAGUGGAGGUGGGUUUCAUUAUAGGACAGUUUGCUCUGUAUGGGAUUGGACUGUCUGCGCUCUACAAAUGUGAAAGGUUGCCUUGCCCUAACAGCGUUGAUUGUUUUGUGUCACGACCGACAGAGAAGAACAUUUUCAUGGUUUUCAUGCUGGUUAUUGCCGGAGUUUCUUUAUUCCUCAAUCUCCUAGAGAUUUCCCAUUUGGGGGUGAAGAAGAUUAAACAAAUCUUGUAUGGAUAUAAAUAUGGGGAUGAUGAGAGUAUGUGCAGGUCAAAGAAGAACUCCAUGGUGCAGCAGAUUUGUGUGCUCUCAAAUUCCUCUCCACAGAGAUUAAUCCAGCUCACGCAGAUGACCUGCUCUGCUGUGCCUGAAACUCACGGGGAGAGUCAGCCUUUGAAUUUGGCCUUAGUGGCCCCUCAGAAUAUCGAGGGUCACAACAUCUCCUGCCGCCCCAGCCAACCUGAAAUCCAAGGUCUGCACCAGCUGGGUGCCAUGGAACGACGUUACACUCUAGAAAAUCGCAAACCGUCAUGCAGCAGCGAUGAUUCAAAUGGACCCCAUGGUUCUGGUAAACCACAGUAUGCGGGGCCUCGACCUACGCUGAUGGCUGGCCACAUGGAAAUCCCAGCAGCCCUGAGAAACCCACAGAGGAAGCAGAGCAGAGUGAGUGUAUGUAAGGAGCUCAGCGAUAUGAGUGAUUCUCCAGAGAGUGAACACUAUCCCACAGCCAGAAAAUGCAGUUUUAUGUCCAGAGGAUUGUCGGAGGGCAAGUUGGCCAGUCUGUCUGACAGUGGAGACUGUCAGAGUGGAACGGACAAUGCAUCCCAGCAUCUUAGCGAGGGGGAGAGUCCAGUGGUGUCUCCACCACCUCCAGCUGGAGGGAGGAGGAUGUCCAUGAGCAUGAUUCUGGAGCUGUCUUCAAUCAUGAAAAAGUAAACUAUAAAGUACAGUUCUGGGACCAAACGAGUGCCAAUGGGAGUUCUAAAUUAGCCAAUGGAGCCUGAUUUCAAACCGAGUCUCAUCCUGUUUCUCUGCAGCAACAUUAUAUGUUCACAGUGUGCUUAUACAGUAUGUUUUCUGCAUGAAUAAUUUAGUUAUUUUCCACAUCCAAGAGACACUUAAUUUGCUUUAUGUAAUGUGUGAUUGCUAUUCCUAUCAACUGUUUGAUUAUAAGUUUACACCAGAUAAAAGAAGUAUUGAACACGUCACAGUUUUCUAAGUAAAUCUAUUUCUAAAGGUUUGUUGACAUCACCAGAUGUCGGUAACUACCCAUCCAAUCCACUCAUGCGAGAAAUCAAAUCAUGGAUGUCCAGAAAUUAAGUGUGAAAAUGAAAAAUGGCAUUGGGGGAAAGUACUGAAUGCAUGAAGAAAGCAAAAAGGCAUGGAGAGUCAUAGCACCAGCUGAAAGCAAUCCUGCCACUUCAGCUCCAACUAAUGGCCUAAAAAAAGGUGUCUCAUUACCAAGAUGUCACACAAGAAGCAUCUCAUGAUGGGUAACUGAUGAUACUGAUAACACUGGUUACAGAAGAAAUCACUAAAGAAACGACUAAACUACUGAAGGUUCCAGUGAGCACUGUUGGGGACAGAGUUUGGAAGAGGAAAGAACAAAUGUCACCACAAACCGGCCGCUACCAAGUGCUUCCCUCAAGAUUUCAGACAGAAGGUGAAUGUAGCUCAUGUGGGGCUGUAACUCCUGAAUUCAAUUAAAUUAAAUUCAGUUUUAUUUAUACAGCGCCAAAUCACAACAACAGUCGCCUGAAGGCGCUUUAUAUUGUAAGGUAGACCCUACAAUAAUAUACACAGAGAAAAACCCAUCAAUCAUGUGACCCACUAUCCAAAUAUCCUUGGGAAAAACACAAGAUACUAACUCCAAGUUGUUCUCCGAUGCAUUGGAGCAUGAAUGCGUGUGCAUGGUAGACAGAAAGACCAUAGAAAAAAGUGCUGGUGUGAAUGCGUGAAUUAAGCAAGUUGUGUAAAGCCCUUUGAGUUCUCAGAUAGUGUAGAAAAGCGCUAUAUAAGAACCAAUCCAUUUACCAGAAGAAUGAAAAGAAUGAUCAAAAAAGUUGUCCAAGGACUACUUGAAACAGCAGGUAUCGUUGUUUCAAACGGUCUGGUUUAGGAUUUGAAGACUGUGUGGACAAAUGGGCCAGAAUCACACCUGAGCAACUAGUUGCUCCAUACAGGAGGCAUCUUGAAGCUGUCAUCACCACCAACAGCUUUUGUAAGAGGUAUUAAAUACAUUUCAGUAGCGUGUUCAAUACAUUUUCACAGCAUCAUUUGUCAUUAUUACCACUAAUUUAUCAACAUGUGGUUUGAGUUCUUUGCAUGUGUGGAUUGGAUGGGUUGUUACUGCCAUUUAGUAGGAAUUUCAUGUCAAUAGUACCUUUUUAAAUAUAAUUACUUACAAAAUUAAUGACAUAUUCAGUACUUAUUUUCUCUGCUCUGUCUAUAGAUUGUGAGCUACUUUGUGGGUAGUUUUCGAGAAUUCAGUCAUGAAUUCAAAUGCUAUUUGUUUAUCAAAUCAGUUUAAAAGUCUUCAAAGAUAUUUGUCAGAAUAAACAGGAAAUAGUGGGAAAAUGUGAAACAGCAAAAAAGAGAAAGAAUUCUUGAAAUUGGUGUUUAUGGCUUAUUAUUAGUAUUAUAUAUUUGUGUACAAAACAAAAAUGAAGCUAAAAUAUUGCCUGUCACUGCUGAAGAUAUAGUAUCACGUGGUACCACUACCAUCUGCGAGCCAAAAAUACAUUCUUUGAACUUUGUGUAGUUUAGGUUCCCAUAUCUCCUUGUGAAUGCACACCACACAUUUUUAAAAAUGUUAUAAUAAACUAGUAGUUGUCUAGUUA